UUUUGUACAGAGCCUGCCGUAUUUAUAGAUAAGAAAAAUUCCCAACUAUGAACGUAAACUGUAAAUCGUGUUACAUAGCGCAAAUACAUUGAGUAGUUUUGCAUUGACAAUCGCAUUAAUUGUUGUUACAUUGUUCGGGGAUCAAAAGAGAGAGUAUUAAAAAAUAGUGAUCCUUAUGCAGUUAACGCAUACAACAUAACCUGUUAUAUUGUGCCCACGAAAAGUUCUUUCAUCUAUAAACAAACGUAAACUGUGAGUACAAGACGCGGACGGUGAGGCCAGCCGUCGACGUCUCGCGAGCUGCGAACGACACGGACGUCUGCAUCUUCUAUACGCGAUGUACUUCUAUACCCAUCUAUACAGUUAAGGUGUGUGUUCAGUGUAACUAACGGGCAUAUUUAUUUUGUGCCUUACGUCAUCUUUCGGCGUUAAAUUCCAAAGCAAUCUUCGAUAGUUGAUAGCUUAUACAACUGUGGGUGCAGUGACGUGAGGUGCUCGUUUAUAGAACUCUAUUAUUGAACAAUGUUGAAACUAUGUUGUGACUGUAUUGCGGGAAGUAACCGUGACACAGAAAACACAUAUAAUACAACUAUAAGUGAAAAUUUCCCUAUUGUGCAGUGGACAUCAAGAACGCCAGGAAACAUGUUCCGACUUCCAAGACCUCUGAAAAUGUAUGACAGUAUAGAAAUAAAGGGAGAAGUGCAAAGAAGAGAAAGUAUUAUGUUUUCAUUAUGCCUUGAAAAUAACUGCAGAGUUCAUAAAAUAGAAGUUAAUUUCUUAGAUAGAUGUAUAUACAAAUACACAGAUGAUGGAGAAAAACAGAAAAUUUCAAAUGAUGAUCCUGCAGAUAUAAUUACAGAAUCAAGUUUUACACUUGCUUUAAAGGUGGACAGACAAGAUGAUGAUGGCAAAUAUAUCAUAGGUUUAUCUAUAGAUUCUUUUGAUUUUCAUGACUUUAGUGAGUAUAAUAUUUCAAAUAUUAGUGGUUUCGAAAUAAGCGACGUUAAAGUGACCAAAUUGUGUUUUAAUUAUUAGUUAUGAAAAAUGACUCUAUUUUAACCGAUUUCCGAAAAGGAGGAGGAAGUUAUAAUAAGUUCAUUUGUUUAAUUUGACGUGGAUUAUUGCAAUGGGCUACACUGACCCAUUGCAACAAUCCACGUCAAAAUAAACAGACAAACAUAUUAUUGUCAUAAUAAAUGUUACUAGAGGUCGAAACGAGUAGGGGAUUUCCCUUUCUUUACUGGCAAGUGGCUACUGUAGGUAAUAAUUCCUUUUUGUGUUCUAUAACUUAAUUCUGUUAUUUUAAUUUAACAUUACUUUGAUAUUGAUUGAUGCAGUCUUGGUCUACAGUUUUCUUAAGAAGUGACAAACCAACGCUAAACGCGUUCUGAAUAAGUAUCUGAUUGGUAAAAACUUCAAGAAACUGUUGCUUGAUUUUUAAGAGAAUACUACUUUGAUGCUUGAUCAUCAUUAUAGCUUUGAUUCUUGUUCAAUCCAAGAUGUAAUGGUGCAUUAAAAUGACAGAAUAAUUGGGGUUUUGGUGCUAUGAAUAAAAACCCAUUACCCACAUAUUAGUAAGCUUUAAAAAUAAUUAUUGCAUUAUUAUAGUUAGUAGCGCAAAGAUAAGGACAGUCACUCAUAGUAUUAAUCAAUGGAGUCAAUGUUAUGGUAGAUUUUACUUAAUAAGAUAUAUUGCGUAAUCUAUUUUUACAUUUGUUACAAGUUCUUGUGGUUGUUAUAUUGUUUUU